AUGCCACCUAUGCCUUGGGGCAUGCCGUUCGGUAUGCCCAUGCCCGGCUCGCCGUACAACGGCACGCCGCCGUACAACGGCACGCCGCCGUAUGGGGCGUCCCCGCCCGGCGACCGGCGCCGCCCGGACCGGCGCGGGGGCCGCGGCCGGCGCACGCCCGCGCAUCCGCGCCCGUCCAAGAGUGUCUAUCAGCCGGACCCCAACGCGGACCGGCCUGAAGAUAGCAAGCCGUGCCGCACCCUGUUUGUGCGCAACGUGGCUUUUGAGGUGAAUGUUGACCAGUUCCGAGAGGAGUUUGCCGAGUUUGGGGCGAUCAAGACAUGGUUUGAUUUGAUCCAGCGUCGUGGUUUGCUGUUUGUCACCUACUUUGAUACGCGCGCGGCAGAGCGCGCCAAGGAGUACAUGAAUCAGCGCAAGAUGUACGGGCGUAUCCUGGAUGUACACUACAGUCUUCCCAAAGAAGAAGAUCAGCAGCAGCACUGCGACCGCGAAAAGAACCAGGGGACCCUUUUUGUUUUGGUACGCAAUGCCACCGAGCCCAUCACGGACGAGGCGAUGCGUACCCACUUUAGUCCCUUUGGCGAGAUCCGCGAGAUCCGGACGUACAAAGACAAGGCCAAUACGCGCUUCAUUGAGUACUGGGACAGUCGCGCGUGCGUCGCGGCGCACGACCAGCUGAAUCAGACGCCGUUCCUGGGGGGCGAGCUGCAGCUGAAAUUCGCUUGGGACUUGGCUACCGUCUCGCUCGUGACCGACGCGAGGAACCGCAGCGAGGCCAAGGCCGCGGCCGAGGCGCGCGCGCGCGACGGCACUGCGGAGCCUGCGCCCCUGCCUGAACACCAGGCGAUCUAA